CAUGGGCAUCACCGCGCCGAUGCCGAUCCAGGCGCAGGCGCUGCCCAUCAUUCUGUCCGGCAACGACCUCGUUGGUGUCGCGAAGACGGGGAGCGGGAAGACGCUGCGGACCUCCUGCCCGCGGUGACGCACAUCGAGGCGCAGGAGCCGCUCGAGGAGGGCGCCCGCGCGCCGAUCGCGCUCGCCCUGGCGCCGACCCGGGAGCUCGCGGUGCAGAUCUCGGAGGAGGCGCAGAAACUGGUGAAGAACUCCUCUGGGCAGUCCAGCCACCCUAGCGGCAUUUGGGCGGCCUGCAUCUACGGCGGCCUGGACAAGUCCUCGCAGCUGAGAGCAGCGGUCGGGGCCCACAUCAUCGCGGCCACCCCUGGACGCCUCAUGGAUUGCGUGGAGGGCGGCCAGAUCUCCAUGAAGCGGGUGACGUACUUCGUGCUGGACGAGGGCGACAGGAUGCUCGACGACGGGUUCGAGGACCAGCUCAAGAGCAUCGCCCGCGAGAUCAGGAAAGAUCGCCACAUGCUGUUCUUCUCCGCCACGUGGCCUAAGAAGGUGCAGGACCUGGCCAAGAACAUGUGCCUGGGCUCGCGCAGGCCCGUUCGGCUCCGAGUGGGCCAGUCGAACGAGAGCGGCGCGACGUCCAGGGAGGACAUUGUCCAGGAGGUGGUCGUCUUCGACCAGGGGGACUGGGAGGAGCGAGACGUGGCGAAGCAGAAGUACCUCUACCGCCACCUGCGGGAGGCGCUCGCGCUGGAGGGUACCAAGGUCCUUGUGUUCGUGAGCCGCAAGGACCUCGCAGACAAGAUGGCGGCGCAAUUCGAGUCCGAGGGCUUCCCCGCCAAUGCGCUGCACGGCGGCCGCACGCAGGAGACGAGGAUGAGGGUCUUGGACGACUUCAAGAACUGGAAGAUACGGCUGCUGGUGACGACAGAUGUGAUGGGGCGAGGGUUGGAUAUUCCGACCAUUUCUCACGUCGUGGUCUACGACAUGGGCGACGUAGACGACUACGUGCACCGCAUCGGGCGCACGGCGCGGGGCCCGUACGGCAAGGGGCACGCCCUGACGCUGUUCGAGUAG